AUGACACAUGAUAAUGAAUUUAGAGAAAGCAGAAAAUUCUUCACAAGAAGCGUGUUUGAUUUACGCAUUGAACAUUUGAUUUUAAAUUUGGCGAACCAUUUAAAUAAAUCGAAUGAAUUAAUAUAUACAGAGAAAUGCUUUACACAUAUCAAUAUUAAUCAAUGUCAUUUCAUUUUAGGCAUAUGUAUAGCUGAAACAAAGUACAUAAAUAAUGUAAACCAGCGUAUUUUAUUGAAUAGACCAAUUCUAAUGAAACAUCAAGAUAAAUUAAUGCAUCCUUAUAAUCGAACAUCAUCAUUUUCAUGGGAAUUUUAUAAUGAUUUAUUACCAGUCGAUUGUGAAAUUGGACAUGGACAAAUUCUAACCGGUUUACUUAAUUUGAAUACAUCGAUUAACCAUGUUAAUUUAACUUACAGUGUUAAAUUAAGCACAAUGAUAAAGCAUAAUGUAAAAUUGUUAUUCAACGUAUAUCAUCUUACAUCUAAUGGAGAUUUAUGGCUAAUUGAUCAGCUAUCUUCAAUAUUGUCCAGGGUUGAACUAAAUCAGCCAUGGAGGCCAAUCCAAUUGCUUGAAACUCGAUAUAACUCAAGUACAGAAAUCCGUAAAGCAUUUAGAAAUGAAAAUUCUAUAAACUCAUCGUCUUCCUCGUUAAUAUUAUCUCAUACAUACUUUAAUAUUUCAGCCAGUUAUCGUUAUUCAUGUACUUUAAACUACUAUGGAGAACAUUGUAAUCAUUACUGUAAACCACGUGACUCAAAAUUAGGUCACUAUCAUUGUCAUCCACAAACUGGUGAGUUAAUAUGUAAUGCGGGAUGGACAGGGGCAAGGUGUAAUCAAGCACUUUGUAGAAAAGGUUGUAAACAUGGAACUUGUAUUGGACCGGAACUAUGUCGUUGUAUUGAUGGAUGGGCAGGUUUGAAUUGUGAUCAGUGUAUUACAACACCGGGUUGCUUGAAUGGACAUUGUCAAUUUAAUUCGAAACACACUAGUUACUUACCAUUUACGUGUGAAUGUGAACCUGGUUGGACAGGGAUGCUGUGCAAUAUCAAUAUGCGCGUAUGUGAUAGUAAUGAGCAUGUAAAUAUCUGUCAGAACCACGGUAUCUGUAUUAAUCAACCUGACCCGAAUGGAUUAAAAGUAUUAUACAGAUGUGAAUGUUUGCCAGGAUUUUAUGGAACACAUUGUGAAAAACAAAUAAACAAUUGUAGAUUUCAUGGAUGCAAUAACAGAGGAAAAUGUAAAAAAGAAGGCAAUUGUAUAUGUGAUCCAAGUUACUAUGGUUCAUUUUGUCAAUUCAAUCAAACAACAUGCAGUCAAGAUCCAUGUUUAGGAAAUCUAUCUAAAUGUUAUAUAACACCAAAUGAAACAAGAAUAAUUAACAAUGAGCGAUCAAAUCAUAUUGUAAAACAAUUCAAAUGUCAGUGUGAACAAGGGAAAUUUGGUGAAAAUUGUGAAUAUGAUUUGGAUGAGUGUUUAUUGGAACCAUGCCUAAAUGGUGGUCAGUGUGUUGAUUUGAUAACCGGUUAUCAAUGUAUAUGUCCACCUCGUUUCACUGGUCCACAAUGUCAAUUUACAUUAAAAGCAUGUCAAAAUAAUUCAUGCUCUAAUGGUGGAGAAUGUUUAGAUGAAUCAGUCAGUUUUCAAUGUCAUUGUUUAAAAGGAUGGAAAGGUAGAACAUGUCGAGAGAAUAUUAAUGAAUGCUCUGAAAUACCAAAACAAACUGGUCGUUCAUUAUGUCAAAAUAAUGCUGGUUGCCGUGAUCUUUUAGGAUCAUAUAAAUGUUUAUGUUCAUCUGGAUGGGAAGGAAAACAUUGUGAAAUGCGUAAAUCAAAUAAAACACAAAAUAAUUAUCAUUAUUCUACUGAUGAUUGUCAAUAUGAUAAAGAUGUAAAUAAUUCAAUAAGUGAAAAUCGACUAAAUCAUCAUAAUAAUGAAUUUUUAAUAUUAUUUAUUAUAUUAACAAUAGCUUUCCUUAUAAUGAUACUUUCAUUAAGUGGAGUAAUUCUAUUUUUUUGUACAAGUGAUAAACAUAAAAAAAUAAAAAAAUCUAAAAAUAUUUCUACUUGUCAAAUGAUAAAUACAAAUCUAUCAAAAACAAUUAAUCAUUCAAAUAGUAUUAAAACAAUAAAAUCUUAUUAUCACCAUAGUACAUUAUCUAAUCAACAAUUUGUUUAUCCAAUACAAUAUAAAAAACCAAUUACAGAUUGGCCUUAUCUUCUUUAUGUAAAUAAAUCAAUUUCAGAUCCAAUUUAUAUGAAUAUUGAAAAGAAUUCACAUGAAAUUGAUCAGAAUCAAAUAAAUUUCUCUUUUAUUAAAACACCUCAAUGUUAUAUAAAAAGAAAUUUCAAUUUCAAUCAAAAUACUAAAUUGAAUUCAUUACUAAAAUUUAAUAAUAUUGAUAAAUAUUGUUUAAAGAAACAAUUAAAUUUAGUAUUAAAAGAAGAUCCAGAUAAACACAAUUCCAAUGAUAAUAAUAAUAAUAAUAAUAAUAAUAAUAAUAAUAAUAAUCAAUAUUAUGUUGAUAAUUAUGAUACUCAUAACCAUGACAACUUGAAUCAUUCAUUACCAAUAUCAUUAACAACAUUUAAUCAGAGAUCGGAUACACCACCUCCAACAUAUGAAAUUUCAAUUGGUUUAAAUAAAAUAAUGAAAAAGUGAGCAGAAAGAAAAAAAAGUUAUCCAUAAAUCAUAAGUGAAAUUUAUAAAUAAAGAUUUUCAGCAAGACAAUCUUUUAUUCUUAAUGGAAUAUUAUAGAUAAAUGAAUGAUAAAGGUAAAAUAACAUUUAC